AUGAGAAUGUACUUCUUGGAAUUCAUGGUCUGUUUGGUCCUUGGGAUUCUGUACUCCCAGGGGAGCAGAGGGAAGGUGUCAGUUGUGAAUCCUGAGGCAAACAUGACUGUGAUGCAAAUGAUAAGUUACUGGGGAUACCCUGCUGAAGAGCAUUUCGUGGAGACAAAGGAUGGAUAUAUUCUGUGUAUUCACAGAAUCCCUCAUGGGAAGCAGAAGCAUUCUUACCAAGUUCCCAAACCAGUUGUCUACCUUCAGCAUGGUGUGUUAGCCGAUUCCAGUAACUGGGUUGCAAACACCGACAACAACAGCCUGGGAUUCAUGCUUGCUGAUGCUGGUUUUGAUGUGUGGAUGGGGAACAGUAGAGGAAACACGUGGUCUCGGAAACACAAGACUCUCUCAGUUUCUCAGGAUGAAUUCUGGGCUUUCAGUUUUGAUGAGAUGGCAAAAUAUGAUCUCCCAGCUUCCAUUGACUACAUUCUGAAUAAAACUGGCCAAAAGCAGUUGUAUUAUGUGGGUCAUUCUCAAGGCACCACCAUCGGUUUUGUUGGAUUUUCACAGAUGCCUGACCUGGCCAAAAAAAUCAAAAUGUUCUAUGCCUUGGCUCCUGUGGUUUCACUGGUUUUCAGUUCCAGUCCUAUAAUGAAGUUAAGAAUCCUCCCCGAAGUUUUCUUUGAGGACGUACUUGGGCACAAAGAAUUCUUUCCUGAGAAUCCAGUCACAAAGUGGUUGAGUACCCAUUUUUGUACCCAUGCAAUUCUGAAGGAGCUUUGUGAAAAUUUAAUUUUUCUCGUGAGUGGAUUUGAUGGGAUGAAUUUAAAUAUGUCAAGAAUUGAUGUCUAUGUGGCACACAGUACUGCUGGAACUUCUGUGCAAGAUAUGUUACACUGGUUGCAGAUUUCAAAAGUUAACAAGUUUCAAGCCUUUGACUGGGGAAGCAGUGCCAAAAACUACCUACACUACAACCAGAGUUACCCUCCCAUGUACAAUGUGAAAAACAUGACUGUGCCCAUAGCCUUAUGGAAUGGGGCUCGAGACUGGCUGGCAGAUGCCACUGACGUCCAUAUCUUACAGACUCAGAUCCCCAACUUGGUGUACCACAAGGAAAUUCCUGAUUACAAUCAUAUUGACUUUAUCUGGGGCUUGAAUGCUGCCUGGAGAGUAUAUGAUGAAAUUAUCUAUCUGAUGAAGGAAUACCAAUGAGAGCCAGAGACACGCAUAGAAAAGGGUGUUUGCUUAAUUGCUGGAAAAUGAGUAGUUAUUUUCUAAGAUCUUUUGUUCUUUUAUAUGAAAGAUACCAUGAUUUUAAAGAUGAAUGAUUCUCAUUAGAUAUGAUUAGAAGCAUAUACAGUAGCUAAAUUUUUUCUAAUUAUGGCUAUAUAUGAAGUUAGGGUCUCAACUAUAUUGUCAUUUUUAUAGUCUAUUAAAGAUACCAUGUCAUUAUGAAUAUCUAUUUAUCCUCACAAUUUAAAAUCUACACAGUUACCUUUAUAUGCUCACAUAGAGCAAAUUGUCAUGUUUGGAAAUUUGUCAUGUUGAUACUUGAUAGAUAAUCUGUGACUUAGUUGAAUGUAAUAUAAAAUGUACCUACUUCUUAUCACCUUUACUUAAAAAGAAAAGUUAGCAGUGUAAUCACCUUGAACUCCUAUAUCAAAUUACAUCUUUGUGUGUUUUUUUGUAGUAAGUACAUUGUCAAAUCCAGUAGUAUCCCCACUAUAAUGGUUCAUGCUGAACAAAAUAAUUUUCUGGAGUCUUCAAAUAUAGAUUAAACUUACUUUUACAUACCUAUA